UUCGUCUGAAAUCUGCAUCCGACUCAGUCUUCAAUAUGAAGUGCAUCAGUAUUCUGAUCAGCGUGUUUUGUCUCUAUGAAUAUUCAAAAUGCGCACCUUUAGAACCAAUUAAUAAAAUUUUGGUUCAGAAAUUUGAAAACAAUAUAGAUAAUUACAAAUUCCAGUAUUACAUUGAUGAUGGACAACAAAGAGAAGAAAGUGGAGUGCUUCAAAAUGCGGGAUCGGACAACGAAAAUCUUGAAGUUCAAGGCGUGUUUUCUUACAAUCUCGAUGAUGGAAGGUUGUAUAAAGUAAUCUACACGGCAGGAGCAGAUGGGUUUAGACCGAAAAUUGAAAUCGGAUUUCCACCUGCUGGAGCUCCAAUUCCAUCAUCUGCAAUAGCAACUCUCACUGGGGGUAUUGGAUAAUUAUUAUUGGAACUGCUUUUUAUAAUCAUUUUUAUACUAAAUUUUAGUUGUAAGUUGAACUUUAUAAAUAUAUAAUUUUAUUUUA